AUGGCUUCUUCCAUUACGCCGGCCAUGCCGCCGCCGGCGGGUCUGACAUCCAACUUCGUCGACCCGCCGCAUAAAAGCACGCCGUUUCUAGUGGUUAAUUGCAUUUUCUUGCCAUUGGCCGUGCUUGGGCUGGCUAUCAGAACAUGGACUCGAUUGUACAUUGUCCGCAGCUUUCGAUCUGAUGAUUACUUCAUGAUUAUCGCACUCCUUCUAUCAUGCGUUCUCACCGGUGUCACACUUGAUAUGCUCAAUUGGGGUCUAGGGAGGCACAUGUGGGAUGUCCCGGCAACAUACCUCUCGCCGAUGUUCGCAAAGUUGAACCUGACUUCCGCCAUUGUCUACUGCGCCGCAACUGGGUUUACCAAAACCUCCGUCCUUGUGUUCUACCUUCGCAUCUUUCCGAGUCGAAACUUCCAUAUUGCUGUCUGGAUCAUCGUAUUCAUUGCCGUGGGUUACAGUUUAGCUAGUGUACUCGCCAACCUUUUGAGCUGCACUCCGGUUGCUAAAUCAUGGGAUGCGACAAUCACCACGGGCCAUUGCAUGAACCGGCCGGUCUUUUAUUUUGCAAACGCCGGACUGGGAAUCUUUACCGACUUUGCUACCGUCAUUGUUCCGAUGUAUGUUGUCGCACGUUGGAUGACACCCGCAGAAGCUAAUCUAUGUUACAGACCGUGGCUACGUAGAUUGCAAAUGCCAUUACGGCAGAAGAUUGCGGUCAGCGCCAUCUUAGCUAUGGGUUGUUUCGUGGGUGUUGUGAGCUGUAUUCGGCUGGCAUCUCUUUACACUCUUUUGAGGAGCCCUGAUCUUACCUUCACUGCAAUCAGACCUUUUGUUCGACGAUACUUCCCUCGCUUGCUGGGUCUUUCUGCCUCGGGCGAUACCUCCAAGUCUCGCAAAUACGGCCACCAACUUGGUUCCUAUCCUCACAGCAGUCGUCCGGAUUUCACUGGACGCAGCAACAAUCAGUACUCUGCCACUCUCACCACUAACACCAAGGCACCAGACAAUGAAAGCGAAGAGCACAUCUUGUCGCCAGGGUUGAGCGUUGGAAAAGAGGAAGGGAUUGUCCGGACAGUGGAGUUCGAUAUUGAGAAUGUAUCGAGCUCGCGAGUCCGAGUUCAUUGA